UCGAAGAGCUAACCGCGGUUAGCGUUGGCCAAAGUCCCUAGUAGGUACCGAAAGUACCUAGUUGUACCUACGUUGUACCUACUACGAAACUUUAAUGGCUGGACAUAAAACAAAUCCGUCCUUUAUUAUUGGGCUGGAGCCUGCGCCACCUUGUGCUGAAAAAAAUAAAUCGUUAUUUUUUUAUGAUACAACGUUUGCUUUAUGGGAACCGUUUUCGGCUAAAUCUAGUUGUAACUUGCAAGAAACGUUUGCUCAAUUGAAAAGAAAAAGGAUAGUUUCUUUUUUGCAUCGAAAUUCUUUCUUUCGAAGUGUGGAAGCGUAGACAAGACACCUAGUCAAAGUGCUUUGCAGUUUUCUGUUGUCGUGUUUUGCAAAAAGCAAGUGCGUCGACCGUCGCUUCCAAGUCUGGCAACGCCGUGUGUGCCGUGUCGCGUGCACGGCGUUUGUUUAUACAACCAGUUUCGCCUCGUUGCACGCAACGCGCGUUUCUCGUUUUCGGUUAUCAUCUGAGUUUUCCUGUCUGUAUUCUGCCCUUCGACCGACCGACCCACCGACAAACCCUCCGACCGGCCACGGACUGACUGAUAAGAUUUGCGGACCGAUUUCCGACUUUGCUACCGGGCAGAAUGUCCAACGCAAGGAAUCGCCGACACAGAAGAGACCGCACGGACGCGCAGUACGCAGCGGCAAUGAUGAGGCGACAGCGUGUGCUGCGGGACCGCCUGAACCCCUUUGAGGAUUUCGAGGAGGAUGGGCUGCAGCAACGGUUCCGAUUUGGAAGAGCGGGCAUAAUGUUUCUCGCCGACACACUGCGUCCGGACUUGGAGCGCCGUACACGUCGUAGCCGCGCCCUCUCUGCGGAGCAGCAAGUGAUCAUCGCCUUGCAGUUCUACGCAACUGGGAACUUUCUGAUCACUGCAGGCGACUACAUCCGCGUGCAUGUGUCAAGUGCUUCACGGGCUGUGAGGCAAGUCACCGUAGCGCUGGCUCGUCGAGCACAAGACUUCAUACGAUGGCCUGACGCUGCGGAGGGGGCAGCCUUGCAGCACAAGUUCUACGACAUGGCCGGCUUUCCUUUGGUCGUGGGUGCUGUUGACGGUACCCAUGUCCGGAUCCAAGCACCCCAUGUGCACGAGGAGGCGUACGUCAACCGCCAUGGAUACCAUUCCAUCAACGUACAGGUGGUCGUUGACGCCUCUUCUCGGAUUCGCAACGUGGUUGCAAGGUGGCCUGGAAGCACCCACGACUCUCGGAUCUUCACGGAGAGCACCUUGGCAGUCAAGCUGGCCAGUGGAGAGUACGACGGCCUGCUGCUUGGUGACAGCGGCUACUCCUGUCAACCUUGGCUGAUGACGCCAUUCCUGUCGCCGUCAUCAGCAGCCGAGGUCGCAUACAAUACAGCACACACGACGACAAGAAGCAUUGUUGAACGGACAAUCGGCCAACUCAAGCGGAGGUUCCAUUGCCUUCACGCUGAGCUCCGAAUGGCUCCAGAACGGUGCUGCGACAUCAUUGUCGCGUGCUGUGCCCUCCACAACCUGGCCAAGAGGUACCCCUGCAGGACACCCGUGGCCGCCAUCCCCGCUGAGGUUCCCGUUGAGCCCGUAGCAGCCAACCGUGCUGAGAGCAACGAGGCCCGAGACUUUAUUGUCAACCAUUUCUUCGGCUAAGUAUCCUGCUGUCGCUCGGCCCUUCUCUGGUACUGCUGUGCAGCCUCACGGGUCCAGCGCUGGUUGUGCUGCACAACAGGAGAGGCCAGUGUUCUCUGUGCUGCGUCGUCUUCAACUGUACUGCUGCCAGAUGACGAGGGUGG